AAGCCAGGUAGCAGACCUGAGCUCACUCCUCGUGUUCAUGAUAAGCAGCGCAUUACUGGUCAGGCACCGUGUUAUGCGGUUAAGCGCACGGUGUCGCCAGUGCGUGCCCAUAGCCCGGUGCGCUAUAUGGCAGCCCCCCGAAAGUGCCAUGCGAGUGUGGGCAUUGAGCCAGGGCGUAUGGUGCCUGCUCAGCGAGUCUGGUCGCCGGUACGCAGUUUUGGUCCAGGUUAUCCUGCGCCGGCUCUGCGUGCUGUGUCUCCGGGGCGCUGGGAGGGUGCAGUGCGUCCUCUGCCUGCGCUCCGCUCGUGCCGGGCAAAUGUGGGAGUGGAGCCUAAGGGAGAGGUGCGUGUAGUAAGCACUCGAUCUCCCAUGCUUACCCACAGCCCGGUUCAACCUGUGCCUGCACUCUGGAGGGUCCGGGCUAGAGUAGUUGUCCAGCCUGGGGAAGUGGUGCCAAGGUUGCGCACCAGAGCUCCAGUGCUCCCCCACAGCCCGGUCUUUCAGGCUCCUCCUAACACCAAGCCUCCUGAAGGUCUCCCCAGCCUGGUGGUUCCUGUGGCAGCCCCACGCACCAGGCUGUCUCUCAGUCUCCUCCCUGCAGGUGCUCCCGCCUGUCCGGCGCCGCUGCCGGAGCGUCCCGCCUGUCCGGCGCCGCUGCCGGAGCGUCCCGCCUGUCCGGCGCCGCUGCCGGAGCCUCCCUCAGCCCGGCGCCGCUGCCCGGAGCCCCUCAGCCCAGAG